AUGGACAUUAAACCAACCUUUAGGGGCUAUAUCAAAGAUGAAAAGGAUGCUCUGUUAAUUUUUCAAGCUAUUGUAGAAAAUAAACUGAAACAUGUUCCUAGAAGGCCCUAUGAAAUUGAAAGACCAUAUUUAAUUGUUUCUGGGAACAUUUUUGUAUUUAUUGAAGAAAUUUCAGGAAUAAAAAGAUGGACAGAUGGUAUCAAUUGGUCUCCAUCAAGAAUAUCUGGUAAAUUUCUCUUAUACAAAGAAUUGGAUAGAACUUUCCCAAAUUAUUCCCUUUAUUCAAAAUCGGCCAUUCCAAGAAUAAAUGUACCCUCAAUAACAAAUACUAACUGUACCAAUCCCAGUAGUGGUAGCAGCAGUAGUAGUAACAAUACUAGUAACGCUGAUAUAUCUGGCCACCAAAAAAAUGACUCAACUGAUAAUAACGUCGAUAUGAAUCCCAAAAUUUCUUUUCCUUAUCCAAAUCUUCAAGUUAAAUAUACCGGUUUCAUUAAGAAGACAAUUUCAUUAAAAUAUAAAAAUCCUUCUUCUAUCAGUGCGCCCAUUCAAAAUCUCCAUAUUGUCUCAUAUUAUCUUGAAGAUGAUAUCAACUUCAGUAGAUUACCAACACCAAGUGAAUCGCUAUUUUUCGCAAACAUUUCAGCAUCAAAAGAAUUAGUUGAAGCUUUAGAAAAUAGUAACCUCGGAAAUGGAAGAAGUUCAUCAACUAGAAAUGCUAACCCACCGUUUUUUAAAUCAAGUAAUAAUGACAAAAAAACGACAUCAAUGAUAAGUAAUGAAACAAUACUACCUCCAAGAAAUCCUGUCCGACCAAUUAAUAAUAGUACAAAUACUUUAUCACAGACGUUUAAUUAUCAAACAAAUUUUAUGCAACAUCCUCCACAGUAUCAUCAACCUAUAAUUGCGAAUUCCACAAAUACCUACGAAUAUCAAUAUCCAUCUUUCACCACUCAUUCAUCAACAUCCAUUACAGGGAGUCAAAAUUUUCCAUUAACUUAUAUACAACCGCAGCAACCUAAUCAUACAAUAAUUUCGCCUGCAAGUAACUAUCAAGUUGACUAUAGAACAUCACUGCAAAAUAAUACCCAGCAUAGUACCAGCAGUAAUAAUAAUAUCAGCACUAAUACCUACCUACCCACUCUAUCGGUUGGUUCGAAUCCUAAUGGUGAUAACCUUGUAAAUAAUUCAAAUCACCCGAUGCUCAGUAAUAAACCAUUACACCCAAACUAUAUCUCACCUAAUAAUCACAUACCUCAUUCGCAAUCAACUUCUUUGCAAAGUAAAAUGAUUACGCAACCCAUGAAUAUGCCAUAUUAUGGCCAAAAUCCAGUAAUUUCAAGUACGUUCCUGUAUAAUUCCAAUAACAAUAAUAGCAGUAAUAUUUCUAGUACAAGUACUACCGCAUCUGCAGUUCACCUUCCCAGCAUCAUGUCAAAUCAAAAUUAUUCCGAUGGCACUAAUAAUCUUCCUGUUUUUUCAAACCAUAGUUCAAGACCGUCAAGUAUCUUAUUAACCCAAUCUGCACCAAGUACACCUCAUUCAAUGCCUCAACAAUAUCAAAAACCAUUUGCCUUGAAACAACCCAUCUCUCAAUUAACUCAAAGAAAUUCGGCAUUGUCAGCUAGCAAUACUUCAACAGAAACUAAUAAUGGUGGCAAUGAUAAGCCAGCAAAUUUUUUUUCUUUAGAUAAAAAUAAUAAUGGCGACAAAAACAAACAGUAA